AUGGUUGAUAUGCAGAUAAGAAUGUUUAAUCUUUUAAUUCUCUAAUUACAUCAUCUGAUAGUACAACAUAAUAUUAACUAGAAAAAAUUCUUUUAACUAAUUUUCUUGUGUAAUCGAAUUUAUUAAUUCUAACAAAUUAACAAGAUUAACAAUAUUAACAAUUUUAAACCGGAAUCAUUUUUAUGGAGUCAAUUCAAUGGACGACUUUUGAAGUUUAAAAUGUUACAUUGA